AUGCCAUUAAUUGUUUUUCCUCACCUCAUAGUUUUAUUAGCAGUAUUUCAUUGGACAAAACCCGAAAAAUGUAUUCCCAGACAUUAUGGUAGUGAUAGUACAGUUUGUGUAUGUAAUGACACUUAUUGCGACUCCAUACCUCCAGUUAAAAAGGUAGAAGCACCUAAAUAUUUAUUAUUUACGUCGAGUAGAAAUGGACUUAGGUUGAACAAAACUGAAGGUACUUUCGUGUCGAAUCGUAUGUUCACAAUAAAUCGUAUGAUAAUUACCAAAAUCGAACGUCAGACGAUUAUUGGAUUUGGUGGCGCGUUUACAGAUUCAGCUGGAUUCAACAUUAAGUCCCUUGGAAAGAACGCAAGUGAUAAUAUAAUGAAAUCGUAUUUCAGUGAAAAUGGUAUUGGAUAUACAAUUGGAAGGGUACCUAUAGGUAUGACUGAUUUUUCGUCUAAAGAAUAUAGUUACGCCGAAACACCUGAUGUUAAUUUAACUAAUUUUCAACUAGCACCUGAUGAUUUUGAAUAUAAGAUUCCUUUUAUCAAACAAGCCAAAGAACUAACCGGAGACAAUUUUAAAUUGUUCGCAACCGCUUGGACUUCGCCUAAAUGGAUGAAAGCUAUCGAAAAGUUUACAACAAUUUUCGGAACACUGAAAUCGGAAAUGUAUCAAUCAUGGGCUUUGUAUCACUUGAAAUUUUUACAAGAAUAUAAAAAAAAUAACGUAUCGUUUUGGGGUAUCACCACUGGUAAUGAACCUAGCGUAGGAUUCACUUUAUUCAAAAUACCUUCAGUGGCGAUGACUCCCAGUCAGAUGGGUAAAUGGAUAUCGCAAUAUUUUGGACCUACUAUAAGAAAUUCCGAGUUUGCUGAUAUCAAAAUCAUCACUUUUGAUGAUGUAACUGCAAUGCUACCUCUCUGGAUUGUUCUUAUGUUUUUUUUCUAUCCUGGGGCCAAAAAUUACGUUGACGGUAUUGGUAUUCAUUGGUACUAUGACAAAGCAAUGCCAAAGCUUGUAUCGCUCGAUGGGACACACGCACUUUAUCCUAAUUUAUUUAUACUUGGUACUGAAGGUACUAGAGGUGAAAAGCCCUUCGAAAAAAAUGUUAUCUUGGGCUCAUGGCAGAGGGCAGAGGAUUAUGCAAGUCAUAUAAUAGAGAAUUGUAAUUAUUGGGUAACCGGUUGGGUUGAUUGGAAUUUGGCAUUAGAUUGCGACGGGGGUCCAACGCUAUCUGAUGGUGUUGAUUCCCCUAUAAUUGUAAACGCCACCGCUGGGGAAUUUUUUAAACAACCGACUUACUACGCUAUGGGACACUUUUCGAAAUUCGUCACACCCGGAUCCAAAGUUAUAGAAGUUUCAUACUUGGACGUAUUUAAGCAAGUAGCAGCUUUCCAAAGACCAGACGGUGGGAUUGUGGUAGUUAUAGCUAACACGAGACCGUUCGAUGAUAAUAUUAGAAUUGUAGACAGAAAUAAAAAUAGAGGCGAAGUUUCACUUCAUGUUGCUGCUCAUUCGAUAGUCACAUUAUUAUAUUGGUAAUAUUUGAGGAAAAAAAUAUUUUUGUAAAUUAUUUAUCAAUUUUGCAUUAAUAAAAACUUUUGAUUCAAA